UAAAGGUCUAUGGUUUUUCUCUCAUAUUUUCAGAUUGUUGACAGAGGGGACGUAGGACUUCUCUAAAAAAAAAAAGAACGAACAUAUUUUCUGAAAAUCGGACUAUUACUUGUGCAUUCCAGGACUGAAACGUGAUUGACCUAUUAAGUUGUGAUUUUUACACAUGAAAAGAAAAUUUGUUUGGUUAACUUUGGUCCAGACUUUUAGCUGUGCCAUUUUGGUUUUGAUAUAACCUGGAAAAGACUUCGUAUCAUCGUAUCCUCAUAUUGUUUGAUGUACCUGGAAGAAGCAAUAAUUUCACAUUAUAUAGUUUGAUGAACCGAGAAAGAAACAACUUGAUACCAACCCCACAUAUUUUGAUGCAGUGCCCGGAUUACCCUACGCCACAGUUUUUCUCACACGUUGGAUCUGAUGCUGCAACUACUGGCUCCUGCUAACUAGCGAGCUUUAAUUUAGUGGACGUCCAUUCCUCAUCAUCAUCAUCGUUGUCGUCGUCGAUUUUUCAUCGUCGGCGUAGUCGUCGACUUUCCAUCGUCGGCGUGAACUUUUCAUCGUCGUUUUGGACUUUUCAUCGUCGUCGUCGACUUUUCAUCGUCGUUGUGAACUUUUCAUCGUCGUUGUGGACUUUUUCAUCGUCGUUGUGGACUUUUCAUCGUCGUUUUCGUGUCUUUCACUAUCGUCGUUCCCGUCACUGCUGUGUCCGAGAUGGGGUCCAGAGGUAGAUGGAUACUGGUCAGCCUGCUGCUGAGGAGUCUGGUGCUGUUGGUCGGGGUUCAGAGCACGGCGAUCACGUCUGACUCCUCACAGGGGACGUGCACCGUGAAGGGGAGAGUUUUCACGCAGAGAAAGUGAUUCCCCUCCGGGACAGCAAGGACUCCAGUGGUUGUACCCUGUGGAAUGAGACAGGCGAGGCGUUCUACGUGUGUCUAGGGGAGAGAAUCUUCCGUUCCUCCGUCCCUCGCACCUGGUUCUUCGCCAUCAGCCGCUGCGACCAGGAGGGACCGCUCAACCUCAACUACGUCUUCAACAUCACCGGCUUCUACGGGGAGUGUGAAGACGACCCCCUAGCCCCUUCCUCCGGAUGGAACUCGUACGUUGGCUUCCUGGAUGAGGACCAGGAGUCCUCCUCUAGCGAGGACGUAUACCGCUAUCUCUCCAUCUCUCUCGGCAUCGUGGCUGGGCUGGCGCUGAUCGCCGCAGCCGUUUUCUUCGGCCUCUGGUUCAUGGGUCUGCGCAACGCGGCCAAGAGCAAAGGGAGCUCAGUGACGUCGUCUCAAGCCACGAUGACGCAGGACGACAUCUUCUACGUGAACCCGUCGCUUUCGGACCAAGGCCAGGCGGAGUAUAGUCAGAGCGGUUCGGAGAAUUACUACGAGGUCAUCCCAGAGAGGCGGAGCUACGAGAGCAUCAACACGGGCCUGUCCAACGGCGGGAUGCACUUGCGGCAGCUGAGGGCGGGCCACGCGGCCGCAUUAGGCCACCACGGCCAUCACGGUCACCACGGGCACCACCCGCACCACGCCCACCUGGCCCACCAGCCGAAGGACGUGGGCGGCCUGCGCAGCGUGCACUACCCCGUGUUCGAGGACUACCCACCCCCGCCCUACCAGCCACCCAAACUGAUGGGGAUGGGGAAGCAUGCCGCGUUAGGCCACGCCCCCGGACACGCCCACACCCUGUCGUUGCCCAGUGGGAGUCAACGCCAGCGCCCGGCUUUGGUCCACCACGCCUACCACUCUAGCCUGGUGCCCACCUCCGCCGCUCUAGGCCACCCGGGCCUCAGCACCAGCACCAGCGGCAGUGGGCUUGUGGGCGUGGCUAACAGCAGUGGGGCGGGGCCUAGCAGCAGCCAGGGAGGAGGAGGCGGACCUUCAGGCAUCAUGAGCUUCAACAACAGCGGCCCGAGCUGUAGUGGCGUGGGCAACAGCAGCAGCAUCGGCAACAACAGUGGACUCGGCAACAGCAUGAUGAUCAACAGCAGCGGCAACGGACUCCUCCUAUCGGGCAACUCCAGCGGCAUGGGGAUCCAGAGCUCCGCCCCUCAAAGCCUGGCCACUUUUGUCGGAGGAGGAGGGGGCGGGAUUUCCGCCAACCCCGGCGUGUCUGGGGGCGGGAUCAACAUGACGUCUCUCGUCAAUCACCAGCGCAUGGGAAGUGCCAACGCCCACUCCUUGGCCAAUAGCAGCAUGCCAUCCAGCUCUACUGGUGGUAUCUCCUCCUUCGCAGCGGUCAUGAGCUCCGCCCCCUCUCAUGUGCCUGCCCCGGCUCCCGGCCAAUCAGAAACCAGCGCAUGAAGGUUAGGCCAUGGCGUCAUGCUCGAAGACGUCAUUGCUGGCCAAUCAGAGACCAUUCUUUGAUCAGGUGACUACACAGUGGCUGGCCAGUCAGAGACUGUUCUUUGAUCACAUGACCCCUGCACUCGGCCAAUCAGAGGCUGUUAUUUGAUCAUAUGAUUCCUGCAAUCAACCGAUCAGAGGCUGUUAUUUGAUCACAUGAUCCCUGCAAUCAGCCAAUCAGAGGGUGUUGUUUGAUCACAUGACGCCUGCAGUCGACCUAUCAGAGUGCGUUCUUUGAUCAUAUGACCCCUGCAGUCGGCCGAUCAGAGGGAUUUGUUUGAUCACAUGACCUAUACACUCGACCAAUCAGAGGGCGUUCUUUGAUCCUGUGACCCCUGCACUCAGCCAAUCAGAAGUUGUUUGGUUGAUGUUUGAUCACAUAACCCAUACGACUAACCAAUCAGAAGUCAUCGUUUGAUCACGCAAGUGAAGCAUCCGGCCAAUUAGAGGCCAUUAUUCGAUUAUACAAACAUGCAACAACGGCAAGCUCCGAUUGGCUCUGAUUUUAUCUCGUCUCUUGUCGAGGUCUCUUCGUCGAAAAGGGGGAAGGAGGGGAAAACGCCACUACCACAACUACACCACCGCCAUCAUCACUACUACCAUAACACCAUAACCACCACUACCACAGCCACUGAGUGGAAACAUUUCUCCCGUGACAAUGAAUGCGACUAAGAUUUGUUCUCUUCUACGGAUGUACUAAGUGCAAGGAGUAUAAAAAAUCGAACUCGGAACAGCACUUGUAGAAGUGCAUUAUUUCAUAGAUCUGAUGGAACUGAACCUCACACCACAUUCGCAGAAGUGCAUUAUUUCAUAGAUCUGAUGUAAAUGAACCCCAAACCACGCAAGUGAAUGAAAGUGCAUCGUCUCCUAGAGCUACAGGAAUAAAAUUCUGAAAACUGCUCGUAGAAGUGCGUCAUUUCAUAGAUCUGUAGGAACCGAACUUCAAACAGUGCAAAGAGAAGUAAGUGCAUCAUUUCAUAGAUAUAUAGGAACCGAACUCUGAACAGCGCAGUUAGAAGUGCAUCGUUUCAUAGAUCUUCGGGAAUCCAACCUCGAAUGGCCCACAUAUACAAGUACAUCUUCUAUUGUGUGUGUGUGUGUGUGUGUGUUCUCUUUGCAACAUCUCUCAAAUUUGUUAAUGUCCACAUUUCGGGACUGUGAAUGUAAGUGCAGUUGGUGAGACAUUGAUUGACGAGCUGUGCAGGGGAUCUUGGUUUGAAUCCCAAGUGGUGUGUUCUGGAGCUGGACCUAAGUUGUUGUUUCAGAAGAUUUCACGAAUUAUGUCUGGCUUCCUUGCUUACAGCUUGUCACAUUUAAUUUCUCAACACAGAGGUUCUGCGGCUCUCGCUGCCUAAAUUGUGUCAAAAAGGCUGUAAAACUCAGUGAAGAGGAAAACAUAAACGAGCUUUGAAUUUGAUUCUGACUGAUACAACCCACAGUCGGUCAAAAGGUGGAUGGUGUAGCGUAGUUGAUGGUUAGUUUCAUCAUCAACUACACGUGUUCAAAUCCCUGAGAGGUCAAGAAUGUUCUCCUUUCUUUUUUUCUUGGAUUAUGAUGUGCGUGCCCCAGCCCAGUGGACUUCUGACAGGGAUCAAGACGCUCUGUGUCCAAGAUUAUCUAGGUCGUGUUGUCGUGCAGGGCGCUUAUUAUAUAGUUCAUCAAAGAACGAAUUUCAAGAGACACCUCCUUCAUAUAAGAUGUACGGCAUCUAAAAUGUCACAUAAGAUACAGUAUCUAAAACAUGAUAUAAGGUACAGUAUCUAAAACAUCAUGUAAGAUGCAAUAUCUGAGACUUCAUACAUGAGAUGCUGUAUCUAAAACAUCACAAGAUACAGUAUCUAAAACGUCUCAAGAUACAGUAUCUAAAAGUUCUCAUAAGAUUUAGAUACAGUAUCUUAAAGAUCAUGUAAGAUAUAGUAUCUAAGAUAUCACACAUAUAUAAGAUGCAGUAUCUGAAGUAUCAAAUGAGAUACAGUAUCCAAAAACUCCAAAACGGCAAGAGACUGCCAAUGACCAAUUAUAACUUGUCGUCGUAUCAUCGGAGAAUUGAUCAUCAUCACUCACCAUGGAAUUACUUUUUUUUUCUCUGUCUUUUUUUUUUCUCUUCUUUUUUUUUUUGCCAUUCCAUUUGAUCCAUUCACUUAUUCACAGAACUCAUUUCUCAGAGCAGACUUCAUAACCUGAGUACCAGCUUGAACUGUUGGUGUAGUGGGUAGGCACUUACUUAACCGUUGCAUGCAGGAGAGCCGAGUUUGAUUCCCACGUGGGGAGAAUUAAUUUUUAUAGAGAGUAUCUUUGGUCUUUCUUCUUCUGGGAUGCUGUAUGUAUCAUCUUUCUCAGCUCGGGUUGAGCCUGACUGGCAGUGCGGUAGCCCGCCUCCUAAAUGACGCACAUGUAUACGCAUUUUUAAUAAUUUAUGAGAACUUCAUUUUGCACUACUGGGAGAUCAUAAUUAUUUAUAAUUUCUUCAAGUUCCUUUAGCAAUUUCCAUCAGUCUGGCUAUUCCACCCAGCUUUAAAUUAUAGUUUUGUGUAGCGAGCUUCUGUUAACUUAAACUCUUAUUAUUAAACUCAACUCAGAGCUCAAUUUGAAAUGGUGUUCAGUGUCCACAUUGUUUGCUGGUCUAGAUCUGUGACAUAAAGUGUGGGUGGUUGGCGGGUAUUAUAAUCGUCCUUGUGUGUGGAUAAGAUAUGAUUCUCGUUUGUGUACUAUAGACAAUGGUCUAAUGAUCCUUGUGUGUGAAUAUGACAGGUGGUCGUAUGAUGAAUUUUGUAAGUGUGCAGUUGAUACCGGGUUAAGCAUCCUCGUGUGUGAAUAAGACAGGGGGUCAUACAAUGGAACUUAAGUGUACAAAAGACACUGGUCUAAUCAUCCUUGUGUGUGAAUAAGUCAGGAGGUCAUACAAUGCACUUUGCAAGUUUACAAUAGACAGUGGUUUAAUGAUCCUUGUUUGUGAAUAAAAACACAGGGGUCAUAAUAUUAUGAACUUUGUAAGUUUACAAAAUAGGAAAUGGUCUAAUGAUCCUUGCUUGUGAAUAAGACAUGAGGUCAUUAUUAUGAUGGUGACCCUUAUAAGUGUCUCAUAGACAAUUGUCUGAUGGUCCUCGUGUUUGUAUAAACAUAACGCUGUAAUAAUCCAUGUUUGUGUAUAAAGAUACUGUGCUUAUGAUCUUUGUCAGUGUAUAAAAGAUGGCAGUCUAAUGAUUUUUAUAUAUGGUAUAAUAUAUAUAUUAUUUUCACAAAAUGGCGUAUGGCGGAGUCUUACAUCCAGCGAUGGACAUGUACAAAACAAAAUGUGGUCCACUUAUCCAACUAUGGACAUGUAACAAAACAAAAUAAGGUCCACUUUUUAUCCAAGCAUGGAUAUAUACAGAAAAACAAAAUGUGGUCCAGUUAUGGGACAUCCAGAGAUGAGACAGAGGUUUAACCCUUUGGCAAUGUUUUUUUUUUUCUUACUUCUUUCUUUCUCUUGAAUUUUACUGAGCUAAUGCUAUUCUCUGGUAUGUGAAAGUCAUUCAUAAUGAAGUCAAAAGCCUACCUCCAUGAUUUAAGCUGCGUUUAAUGAGGGUUAAAAAUUUGGACAUAAACAAAAUUACAACCCCCCCCC